AAUUUUUUUUAGCAAAGUCAAAGAUGACAUAUUUUCCCCGAGUUUGCGUUUUGAUUCUUGUAGCAUUGACCAAAGAGCUGAAGGCUUCAUAUCAGUCCUUUGCCCUGUGUGGAGGUCAAAAAGGCUUCAUACGCUGUUGGAGAGGUACCAAGAUUCAGAUCUUAUCCGCCAAUUACGGACGAACAGACAAACAGGUGUGUCCGGGAAGUAAAUCUGAUACAAACACCUGUCGUUCAAAGACGUCAGAACUCAAGGUAAAAUGGAACUGUAAUGGGUACCAGACAUGUCAUUUUCAUGCUGCUGAUCAGUACUUUGGAGACCCGUGUCCUGAUUAUUCCAAAUAUCUGGAGGUCAAAUACAGAUGUGUGAAGAGUCCAAAUCCGCAAACUAAUGAGAACUCUAUGAUCGCCUUUAAUGCAUACAUAACCAAAAGAUUACAUCUACAUAGAGACACUCCUGUCAAUAUUGUAUAUGACGGUGUUUAUUACAAUUUCGGAAAUGCGUACAAUCCCCAUAGUGGAUUCUUUACUACGCCAUCUGGCGGACUCUACUUGUUUACUUGGACAAGUUUUGUUGAUGUGAAAAAAAUUUUUGAUUCUCAAAUUCUUGUAAAUGGAGUCCAAAAAGGAUACGGAAACUGUAAUAACGAAGCCAAUCCGGGUUAUGAAAAUUGUGCAAAUACGGUACCCUUAGUCCUGAAAGCUGGAGACAAGGUGAACAUAAGGACUGCACAUGCAAAUAACUUAGGAGGAACUUGGUCUAGUUUUAAGGGUUGGAAAGUAAAAUAA